UUUCAGUAUUGCAUUGCCACUCGAAUUACCUAAGAUAAAAAGGAACUAAAAGAUUGAUUUUCUCACUUACUGUUAAUUUUCUAGAAACUUUACGCAAAAAUGCAGAGGCAAGUGGCACUCAUUAAGCAGUCCCUCUUUGAUCAGGGAUAUCUCGACGAUCAAUUCAUGGAGUUAGAAGAGCUCCAAGAUGAUGCAAAUCCUAAUUUUGUUGAAGAAGUGGCCACAUUAUACUUCAAAGAUUCAGCUCGAUUAAUCAAUAACAUUGACCAAGCUUUGGAAAGAGGAUCAUUUGAUUUCAGUCGGCUGGAUAGUUACAUGCAUCAGUUUAAGGGCAGCAGCACGAGCAUUGGUGCGAGUAAGGUGAAAACUGAAUGCACUACGUUUAGGGAAUACUGCAGAGUUGGAAAUGCUGAAGGAUGCUUGAGGACUUUCCAGCAACUAAAGAAAGAGCACGCAACUUGGCAAGACAGGCGGGGCCUAGGGAGACAGCACGUAGGCCCAAGUAAAGAGAGAGAUAAAUGAGGAAUCGUCGGCGAAUUUUGUAGUAGAAAAUACUUACUAUAAUAAAUAGUUCCUCAAUGUACGUUAUUAUAAAGAUGAUCUUGGAUUUCAAUAUUAUAUGUAUGUUAAUAAACGGUCCAAAUUUCUCUAUUUAUUUUCCUUAUAUGGCCAAUAUUCUCCUUAGUGGUUAUAUUUACGAUCA